CUCUCUCUCUCUCUCUCUCUCUCUCUUCCUAACACCGGAAGCAAGACACAGGCAUCGUCGUCAUCAUCAGCAAAGCUCAAGAGUCAAAGCCUUUCGCGUCUUUGCCUGUCCCUCUUUCUCCUCUCUCUCACCCCCCUCUGCGAUUCGCCCUCUCCUUCAAUCUCGAAUCUCUCCAAGGUACGCUCUCCUUCCAUUUUCCCCUGAAAGUUUCGCCUUUUUACCAAACUGCCCUUCAAAACCCUUCCUUACUGCGCGUUCACACCUCAAACUCCAGUUUCUCGAAACCCUAGAACGAUAAGUCGUUGUUUCUCCAGAUUUAAUCAUUGUUACGCUGGAUUUCAGCUGAAUUUUCUGAGGCGUGCUUCGAAAUGUUCUGCUUCGGGUCGCAAUUUCUAUGAUUUGGUGUGUAUGUCGUUAUAGUGUGACAAAGAAUCCAAUCCGGAUUCACUGUAAUUUUUGAGAUUUCAGCUCCUUUUCUUUUGGAUCAGAAACUAUGCAUCUCAUGUAGCAUGUCUUGGGUUCCAAGAACUUGGUUUCAUGCUUUGCUAUGAUUUCCCAGCAUGGACAAAUGAAAUUUAUUCAAAUGCUGCAGCUGACGGAAGAUCUGCAGUUUAUAGAUUUCAUACUUGAGUAUGGCUUGGGUAGCUUCUUGUAGUGGUUUGAUGCUGUUGGCAGUAUGCCGAUAAUAGUUGGGAGAAAUGCAAAGGUAUAAUGCUGCUAGCUGCACUAGUGCAGUUAAUAACGCUGCAAUUGGUGGGGCAUCAGCUAGGGAUGCUGCCCGGGCUGAUGCAUCUUCACUGCCAGGCAAUAUCUCUCUGAAUUCGAGGCGACCAUCCCAUCUCACUCCAUACAAAUUGAAGUGUGAUAAAGAAGCUCUAAAUUCCCGGCUUGGACCACCUGACUUUCACCCCCAAACUACGAAUUGUCCAGAGGAAACCCUUACCAGGGAGUUUGUUCAGUCUGGAUACAGGGAGACUGUUGAGGGUAUUGAGGAAAUUAAAGAGAUCUCAUUUACUCAAGUUCAAGCUUUUACCAGUCCUGUUGUCGGAAAGUGCAAAGAGGCAAUUAGAAAACGUCUCAGGGCCAUCAAUGAGUCUCGUGCCCAAAAGCGUAAGGCUGGUCAAGUUUAUGGAGUUCCUUUAUCUGGCUCACUACUAACUAAGCCUGGUGUUUUUCCUGGACAAAGGCAAUGUGGUGAAGACUUCCGGAAGAAAUGGAUUGAGGGUUUAUCUCAACCCCAUAAAAGAUUACGUUUCUUGGCCGAUCAUGUUCCUCAUGGUUAUAGGAAGAGUUCCCUUAUUGAAGUUCUCAUUAGGAAUAAUGUUCCUUUACUCAGGGCAACCUGGUUUAUCAAAGUAACUUAUCUUAAUCAGGUUCGGCCUGGCUCUGGAACCGCCAAUAUUUCUUCUGGAGCCUCUGAUAAAAAUCAGUUUUCAUGCACAGAGCUAUGGACAAAAGAUGUUAUUGAAUACUUGCAGCACCUUGUGGAUGAUUUUUUCUUAAAAAAUAGUUCUCACCCUGCUGUGCACUCCAGAGAUCGGUCGCCACAAAUGCUUUACACUGGGUCAAUACAGCACAAGAGUGAUCCAGCAUUAACAGUUACUGAUGGUGAGGAGCCUUCAUUACAUUUUAAAUGGUGGUACAUGGUGCGGUUGUUACAGUGGCACUAUGCAGAGGGCCUGCUUCUGCCUUCUUACAUUAUUGAUUGGGUUCUCAAUCAACUAAAGGAUAAAGAACUGCUCGAGAUUUUGCAGUUGCUAUUGCCUAUAAUUUAUGGCAUUAUAAAGUCUGUUGUUCUGUCUCAAACAUAUGUACGAACUCUUGUGGCAGUUGCUGUUCGUUUUAUUAAGGAACCUUCUCCAGGUGGUUCAGAUCUGGUGGAUAAUUCCCGAAGGGCGUACACUACAUCUGCUUUGAUUGAGCUACUUCGUUAUUUAAUAAUGGCUGUUCCUGAUACAUUUGUUGCUUUGGAUUGCUUUCCCCUGCCAUCUUGUGUGCUAUCUUAUGGGGUAAAUGAUGGGAGUUUCUUAUCAAAGGUAUCUGAGGAUGCAGGAAAGACAAGAAAUGGGCAACUAGAAGUUGCUUCUGUGUGCCGAGAGAAAGGGCUUGAUGCUCAAUGUCAAUCCUUGUCCUUCAGUAAUGCUGUUUCAUCUAUUCAGAGACGCGCAGAUAAUCUUGCAAAAGCUGCAAGUCCUGGUUAUCCUCGUCACAAUGUGGCAAAAGCUGUACAGGCCUUGGAUAAGGCUCUUGUCCUGGGCGAUGUGAGAGGGGCAUAUAAGUUUCUUUUUGAAGAUCUUUGUGAUGGAGCUGGUGAUGAAAGUUGGAUGGCAGAAGUCAGUCCCUGCUUAAGGUCAUCAUUGCAGUGGAUUGGGAUUGUGAGCUUGUCAUUUGUUUGCUCAGUAUUCUUUCUUUUUGAGUGGGCAACAAGCGAUUUGAGAGAUUUUCGAAUUGCCCCGCCUCAUGACCUUAAGUUCAGUGGCAGGAAAGAUUAUUCUCAAAUAUACAUUGCUAUUCGGAUUUUGAAACGAAAGAUGAAAGACAUGCAAAAUCCUAUUCGACACAAAAAUGGUAGUCCGCUCGGAGUCAAAAACAUUGGUAAAGGACUGAGCCAGCCAAAUAACUUAUCUGGCUGGCACUCCAUGGGGACUGUUCGUGAAACUAAUAAUAAUGUAAAGAGCAGGGAUGGAAAAGGCAUAAAAUUGUGCGAUAUUUUUCAAAGCCCUGGUCCUUUACAUGAUAUUGUGGUUUGUUGGAUUGAUCAACAUGAAGUUCACAGAGGAGAUGGUUUCAAGGCCCUUCAAUUGCUUAUUAUGGAACUCACUCGUUCUGGCAUUUUUUACCCUCAGGCCUAUGUGAGGCAGCUGAUAGUUAGCGGUAUCAUGGACAAGAAUGCACCUCUGAUUGAACAGGACAGAAGAAAGCGACACUAUCGAGUCUUGAAGCAGCUCCCUGGAUCCUAUGUGCGUGAUGCUCUGGAAGAAGCACAAACUCUUGAGGUGCCAUUGCUUUCAGAGGCCAUGCAGGUUUAUGCAAAUGAACGACGACUUGUGCUUCGUGGGCUUCUCUGUGAUCCAUAUAAAAAUCUAAACAGUUCAAGUAUUUAUUCGCGGAAACAAAAGCAUCACACCACCUCUGUAAGGGAUGGUUCCUCCCUCACAUCUGUUGAUCAGUGGAGAAGUCUUCAAUCACCAUCAAAUUUAUUGUCUGGUAAAAUAUUAAGGAGUGAUGCUGACAUUGAAGAACUGAAGUCUGCAAUUUCAGUAUUCUUACAGCUUCCAAACUCUUCUGGGUCAACUGAUGUAGGAAUAGAUGAAUCUCAGGGAAGUGUGAAGAGGUCCAUUGGGUCAUCGUGCAACAAGACAGAUCUGGUAGAAGGAACACCUGGUUGUGAAGAAUGUAGAAAGGUGAAGAGGCAAAAAGUAACUGAGGAAAGAAGUCCAUGCCAUCAAGGGCAUUCACCAAAUCUGUCAGAUGAUGAAGAUACUUGGUGGGUGAGGAAGGGCCCUAAACCGUUUGAGUCUUUUAAAGUUGAUCAACCUCUUAAGCUAACCAAGCAAGCCACAAGGGGAAGGCAAAAGAAUGUGCGCAAAACUCACAGCCUUGCUCAGUUAGCAGCUGCUCGGAUUGAGAGUAGCCAGGGAGCAUCUACAAGCCAUGUAUGUGAUAAUAGGGUUAGCUGCCCUCACCAUAAAAGCGCUAUGGAGGGAGAAGCUCCUAGAGCAAUGGAUGGGAUUCGAACUACACAUUGUGGUGAUAUUGUUUCAAUUGGAAAAGCACUAAAGCAGUUGCGUUUUGUAGAGAGGAGGACCAUUGCAGAGUGGUUAAUAACUGUAGUCAGGCGGCUUGUUGAAGAGACUGAAAAAAAUGCAGCAAAGGCUGGUCAGUUUAAUAGAUCCUUUUCUCCUGCUGAUGAAAGGAGCUCUGUAAGGUGGAAGCUUGGUGAAGAGGAGUUGUCUGCUAUACUGUAUUUGGUGGAUGUUUCUGAUGAUGUAGUUUUGGCAACCAGAUUUCUCCUUUGGCUGUUGCCAAAGGUUCUCAGUAGUCCCAAUUCUACGAUUCAUGGUGGAAGGAACAUGUUGAUGCUGCCAAGGGCUAUGGAAAGUCAUGUGUGCGAAGUUGGGGAGGCAUUUCUGUUAUCGUCAAUAAGAAGGUAUGAGAAUGUAUUAGUUGCUACAGAUCUUAUUCCUGAAGCCUUGUCAGCCACAAUGCAACGUGCUGCUGCCGCUAUGGCUUCUAAUGGAAGGGUUUCAAGUUCGUUGGCUGUAGUUUAUGCCAAACACUUGCUCAAGAAAUAUGGCAGUGUCCCCACUGUCAUAGAAUGGGAGAAGAAUUUCAAGGCAACAUGUGACAAGAGAUUUCUUUCUGAACUUGAAUCUGGAAGAUCACUGGAUGCAGAGAUUGGAUUUUCUCUCGGAGUUCCAGCUGGAAUUGAAGAUCUUGAUGAUUAUUUUCGCCAGAAGAUAAGUGGUGGCCGGUUGCCUAGAGCAGGCCUGACCAUGAGAGAAAUAGUGCAAAGACAUGUUGAGGAUGUUUUUCACUACUUCAUUGGCAAAGAAAGAAAGCUCUUUGCUGCUGGUUUACAGAAAGGGCCGGCUAUAGAAAAAUGGGAUGAUGGACAUCAAAUAGCUAAACAAAUAAUUGUGGCACUAUUAGACUGCAUUUGGCAGACUGGCGGUGCUGCCCAAGAAGGGCAUCCCUCUUUGGUAUCUUCUGCUGUUUCUGCAAUUGUUUGUAAUGUGGGGCCAGCUUUAGCAAAAAUUCCCGAUUUUACUGCAGGCAGUAAUUACUCGAGUUCCCAAUCCUCUGCAGGGUCAUUGAAUUUUGCUCGACGCAUUUUGCGUAUUCAUAUAACUUGUUUAUGCCUACUAAAGGAGGCUCUUGGAGAGCGUCAUGCCCGGGUAUUUGAGAUUGCUCUUGCAAUAGAAGCCUCUUCUGCUCUUGCUGGAGUUUUUGCUCCCGUAAAGGCUUCUCGUACUCAGUUUCAACCAUCUCCUGAAGCCCAUGAUCCCAAUGCAAAUAUGUCUAGUGAAGUUUUAAACAAUUCUAGUAAAGUUAUUGGAAGGCCUACCAAAAUUGCAGCCGCAGUGUCUGCCCUUGUUAUAGGGGCAGUUGUUCAUGGAGUUACGAGCCUGGAGAGAAUGGUUACUGUAUUAAGAUUAAAAGAAGGCUUAGAUGUAAUUCAUUUUGUGAGGAGUACAAGAUGCAAUUCAAAUGGAAAUGCCCGUUCUGUUGGGGCAUUUAGGGUGGAUAACCCUAUUGAAGUGUAUCUACAUUGGUUUAGGCUGCUUGUUGGGAACUGCAGAACUGUUUCUGAUGGGUUAAUUGUGGAGCUCCUUGGUGAACCAUCCAUUGUAGCUCUUUUGAGGAUGCAACGAACGCUCCCUCUUAUGUUAGUCUUUCCUCCUGCUUAUUCAAUAUUUGCAUUUGUUAUCUGGAGGCCCCUCAUUAUUAAUAGCACUAAUAUUGCGAACAAUGAAGACAUGCAUCAAUUGUAUCAGUCUUUUUCAUUGGCCAUUGGUGAUGCCAUAAAGCACCUGCCUUUUCGGGAUGUGUGUAUGAGAGAUACUCAUGGUUUCUAUAAUCUUAUAGCUGCAGAUGCCACUGAUUCUGAGUUUGCAGCCAUGUUGGAGCAUAAUGGUCCGGACAUGCACACAAAAGUAAUGGUCUUUAUUCCUCUCCGUGCAAGGCUUUUUCUGAACUCUAUCAUUGAUUGCAAAAUGCCACAGACUAUAUUUUCACAUGAUGAUGGUAAUCGGGUCUCUGGACUAGGUGAACCAAAAGUUCAGUCUUCAGAAAAUGAGACAAAGCUUCUGGAUAAGCUUGUACAUGUUUUGGACACCUUGCAGCCCGCAAAGUUUCAUUGGCAGUGGGUUGAGCUCAGGCUUCUAUUAAAUGAACAAGCCGUGAUUGAGAAACUUGAGGCUCAUGAUUUUUCCUUAGUGGACGCUAUACGCUCUCUCUCACCUAAUCCAGAAAAAGCUGCUGCUUCCGAGAAUGAAAACAACUUUAUUGAGAUCAUUCUCACAAGGUUGCUGGUCAGACCUGAUGCUGCAGCCCUUUUUUCAGAGGUGCUACAUCUUUUUGGGAGGUCGCUGGAAGAUUCGAUGUUGUUGCAAGCUAAAUGGUUCCUAGGUGGCUCUGAUGUCCUUUUUGGACGUAAAUCCAUUAGACAAAGACUCAUUAAUAUUGCUGAGAGUAAAGGUUUUUCAAUGAAGGCCCAGAUCUCAAAGCCAUGGGGCUGGUCAUAUUCUAGAAUUGAUCCCUCAAUGACUAGGGGAGAUAAGAGGAAGUUUGAAGCAACUUCUCUUGAAGAAGGAGAGGUUGUGGAAGAAGGCAUGGACUUGAAAAAGCAUGGAAAAGGGUCAUCUCAAGCAUCUGAUACUGAAGGUGUCAACGUCAUCCAGCAGCAUGUGACUCAGAGAGCUCUCAUUGAACUAGUUCUUCCAUGCAUAGAUCAAAGUUCGGAUGAUUCUCGGAAUACCUUUGCAAAUGAUUUGAUCAAGCAGAUGAAUAAUAUUGAACAACAAAUAACUAAUGUUACUCGAGGGGCGAAUAAGCAGGCAGGAACUGUUCCAUCUGGAAUUGAAGGUCCUGCAAACAAAAGCAACAACCGCAAAGCUAUGAGAGGUGGUAGUCCUGGAUUAGCUAGGCGGCCAACAGGGGCAGCUGAUUCUGCGCCACCCUCGCCGACAGCACUGCGAGCUUCUAUGUCUUUGCGGUUGCAGUUCCUGCUCAGAUUGCUUCCCGUAAUUUGUGCUGAUGGGGAACCAACAGGGCGGAAUAUGAGACACAUGUUUGUGUCUGUAAUACUCCGACUUCUUGGGAGCCGAGUUGUGCACGAGGAUGCAGACCCACCCUUCUAUGCCCACCAGAGAUUUUUGGCCAAAAAGGAGGUGGAUUCUUCGAUGGAAGCGUCUGCCUCUAUUGCUUCUGUUGAUUUAUGUGGGGAUAGUCUUUUUGAUCGAUUGUUGUUGGUCCUGCAUGGGUUGCUGAGCAGUUGCCAGCCAAGUUGGCUGAAGUUGAAGUCUGCCUCCAAGCCGACCAAUGAAUCUGCCAAGGAUUUUCCUGGGUUUGACCGUGAGGCAGCAGAAAGUUUACAGAAUGAAUUGGAUCGCAUGGAAUUGCCUGGUAUGAUUCGAUGGCGAAUUCAAGCUGCAAUGCCGGUACUCCUCGCUCCUGGUCGGUGCUGUGUCUCUUGCCACCCACCAUCUGUCCCAACUGCUGCUCUUGCUUCACUUCAGCCCAGCAUUUCGGUCCCUGGGUUCCAUAGUGGAAAUUUAAGUCCACUUCACAGAAAUACAUUUCCUCCGCGUACUGCUAACUUACCAGGGAAGUCCAAGACAUUUUUGUCGCAACAUGACCACAAUAUGGAAAUUGACCCAUGGACACUCUUGGAAGAUGGGGCAGGAUCUGGCACUUCUUCAAGCAAUACUGCUGUGAUUGGCAGCAGUGACCAUGCUAAUUUGAGAGCAUCCAGCUGGCUUAAAGGGGCCAUCAGGGUGAGAAGGGCAGACCUCACAUAUAUUGGUGCUGUGGAUGAUGACAAUUGAUUUUUAACUUCAUUCUUGAUUUGUAGUCUGGAAUGGGCAAAUCUCCCCUCAGGUAAUGCAGCAGUGUCAUAUAUUUAUGCAUUAUUGGCAUCGAGAUUACCAUUUUGUACUUGCCCUUCUUGUCUUGAGUGAAGGGAACUUGAGGGACAUUUUUUCCCGGAGGGUUAGGUGGGGGGUCCUAGUGAAAGAGAGAGGUGUUGAAAAUAUUCUCCGCCAGCCCAUAAAAUUGGGGCUUUGGCCUACUCACUGCUAACCCUCUUGAUCAUCCCUGCCUUUCUGGGCUGUGCACUUAGGUGCUGUUCAGAGGCGUGUUGUAUAUAUAGAGAUAAUUUUUUUAUUUUACCCAUUGAGCUGAGUAAAAUAUCUCAAGAAUGAUUUGUAGCUCUUUCAUGCUAAUCAAUCUUUUGUUCUCUC